AUGGGUGACGAUUCAGUGAACGAAAGUGGUGACAGAAGUGGCGUCGAGGUGCAAAAGGAACACGAGACGACACCAAGAAAGCCCGACUUACUUCCGGAGGAAGGUUUCCAAGGCUGGCUUUGUGUUUUCGGAGCCUUUCUGUGCCUUUUCUGCUCCUUCGGAUUCUUGAAUGCCAUUGGGGUUUUCCAAACGACAUACCAAGACACGUAUUUGAGCAACUACACACCCUCAGACAUCGCUUGGAUUUUCGCAGUUCAGCUGGCACUCUUAUGGGCACCAGGGCCGUUUUUUGGACGCCUCGUCGAUACUUAUGGACCCGCGCCUGUUCUCUACCCAGGCGCCUUUCUGUGUAUAUUCGGUCUCUGCAUGACCAGUCUAGCGACGGAAUACUAUCAAAUAUUCUUGGCACAAGGACUUGCAUUUGGUCUUGGGGCGGGGGCUGUGUUCACAGCAAGCACGGUUUGCGUGGGACAAUGGUUUCUUCGGCGGCGUGGUCUGGCCAUUGGCAUCGUUACUACGGGUAGCAGUCUCGGCGGUGUCAUUUACCCAGUCUUCCUGGACAAGAUUAUCCUCCAGGUGGGCUUUCCCGGCGCUUUAAGAUAUACUGCUCUACUCAUGGGAAUUCUCCUGGCUUCGUCUUGCUUCAUGAUCAAGGCUCGAUUGCCGCGCGAAAAGUGGAAUCCGAAUACCAAGUGGUUCGACCCAUUGCUUUUCAAGGACAAACAGUUUGCUCUGUACACAGUGGGAACUUGGUUGGUCAUGUGGGGUAUCUGGGCGCCGUUUGACUUUGUUUCGAGCUUCGCACUGAACGAGGGAUUCCAGCCCGAUCUGGCGCUCUACUUGAUAUCCAUCAUCAACGCAGCCUCAAUCCCUGGCCGGAUCGUGCCCCCUCAUCUGGGAGAUAGGAUUGGACACUUCAAUGUGAUUACCGCCUGUGCAUUGUUGAUGGGAGGCUCCAUGCUUACGCUAUGGCUUCCUUUCAACUACCAUCAUUCGCACGCCGGCACCAUCAUCUUUGCUGUUGUCUAUGGGCUUGUCAGUGGUGGCUUCAUUUCCUUGAUGAUACCUUGCGUAUUCAAGUUGGGUAGUCUAGAGACAUUGGGUCACCGGUUCGGAACCUUCCAAAUAGUAGUUGCAACGAGCAUGCUGACAGGGCUGCCCAUCAUGGGUGCCAUUUUGAACAAUCAAAACAAGGUCGACUUCUCAGGUCUCCAGAUUUUUGCCUCUGUUUCGACUUUGGUGGGCACGGCACUGCUUGCAGCAUCAACGUACUAUCUAGCAAAGGCUCGCAAGAUCUGGACGAUCUAA